UGGCAUAAAUGCCUGCGGUCAAGGCAAUUGGUCGGAGGUAACUGCUUUUAAAACUUGUCUUCCUGGCUAUCCCGGUGCUCCUUCCAAUAUCAAAGUGACGAAGAGUCAAAAUGGAGCACAUCUAACUUGGGAUCCACCACAAACCACUGCCGGCAAGGUGACGGAAUAUAGUGUGUAUUUGGCGAUUCGCAAUAUUCACGGUCGUGAAACUCCGCUUUCAUUCAUUCGUGUUUAUGUUGGUCCCAAUCCAUUCUGUAUCGUUUCAUUAGCCAAUUUACAUGCUGCGCAUAUCGAUAAAUCUUCUAAGCCCGCAAUCAUAUUCCGAAUAGCAGCGCGUAAUGAUAAGGGUUAUGGACCAGCAACUCAAGUGCGUUGGCUUCAGGAGCGGCCUUUGCGCCCAGUAACUGUUAUUGGUGGGACCUCAGGUAAUCCUCGUCAUUCGCAACAGCGGGUAGCACUGGCGCAAACGUCACAAAUUCCUCGCAAAAGACUUCGAAUUGAUUGA